AUGUGCUCCCCGUUUGAGGUGCUCAAACCAUCGGAACCAUGCUGUGAACCGACGUGUGAUGACGACUGUCUGCACGCCAUCUGCCGCCGAGCACCGGAUGCCAUGGCGGUGCCCACCUGCGUUUGUCGGCAAGGAUACGUGCGCCACCAUGGGUCCUGCAUACGCAAGGAGUUCUGCCCAACACCGAAGACCCCGCUGGCGUCGUACGAUGUGUAUCGUCAAAGGCCUACCCCACGUCCAAACGCUCUUAAAAUGUGUGGACCAAAUGAGCAGGUGACCCACUGCAAGCCAGCGUGUGUGGCGACGUGCGAAAAAGAUUGCUCCGCUGUGAGGCAACCGGAAGUGUGCGUUUCCGAGACGAGUUGCGUCUGCAAGGACAGCUUCGUGCGGCAUAACGGACGUUGCAUCAAGAGCAACGAAUGCCCCAGGCGUCAUCCGCUUCUGACACGUCCGAUCUCUGGCGAGUACGUGGAUUUCGAAAUGGUGUCCUUGGAGGGGCUGAAAUCGGAUGAAGAUUUCAAAUACAAGGCCACGGCGGACCAACGGAUGUUGAAGCAGAACUAUUUGACACAAGAUCAGGCCAGGCGUCCGGUUUUGCCGUUGUACAUUCAAGCUGCGACCGCCACGUCGAAACCGGUGGCAGCGUCCUACGAAAGCUACACCACGGAACGCCCAGCCCUGUAUCCGCCACUAUGUGCAUGCAACCGGGGCAGACAGAUGCAGGCUUCGUUGCAGGCACCAUUGAUGGAGGAAAAUUCUUCCUACGAGAGCACGGAGGAAGAAUCGGACAUAGUGCCGUAUGCACCGCCGCCCUGUGUGGCAGCGUACAGUCAGACACCCUCGAUGCCGGUUUUCCCGUUGACCACGCCAGCACCUGCAGUGGCGUAUGUGAUGCCCCGGAGAACGCUCGCUGCUCCGCCAGUGCAUCGUUGUGACUUUAACGAGCCCUUGGAUCAUUUUUGUGGGUCUGGGCAGGCAGCCUCGAGCCAGCAGAACUCUGCCGCUCAGGAUGAACCCCGUAAACCUCCAACCAUCUGGCCACCGGUCAGCAGCUACUGCACUCGGUGUGGUUUCAAACGAAAGGAACCGUGUAAAAAUCACGCCCCUCGGUAA